CUUAAAUAUAGUAGGGUUCUUUUGUAAAGCAAAGGCUAAAUGUUUCCCUUAUAAAACUGUUUGUUUAGACUUGCUAGGCUUUGCAGAAAAGAUUUGCUGAGAUAUACUGCCCUAGAAAUUUUACAAAAAGCUCAGUUUCAAAUGAUUGCUACAUGUGAAAACACUCUCAGCCCAAUGUAUCUGGAUUCCCAGAAAGGCAACAGAAGCAGAUAUGUCACAAAAGCAUGCAGCAUCCCAUACAAGACUUCAAUUCCAAAUGGAAAAAAAGAAGUCCUACAGCCACCACAAUGUAAAAUGGAAGUCAACGCAUGGGAAAUAAAGCCUCCUGAUUUCAGUUAUAAACUGUAUAAAUCUUUGAGAUUUCCAGAAAAAUCAUCAAGGACUAGUAAGGAAGAACAAGGGAGGGGGAAAAAAAGUAAUUUUCCAGAAACAAUGCUUCACCUGCCCAACAUAAGGAAUCAUUCCAAGAAGGUCAAAUCCCCUCCUUUUAUAACUACAUUCCCACAUCUGGAUUCACAUAAAGCAAAGUUAAUGUUUGUGAAGAGUGGAAAAUAUCCAAAUGGUGUAUACCUCAAUCCAAAACCACAUGAUUUUCGACAGUACCAACGUAAUUUACCAAACUUCGUGACAGCUUGUGAAAGGGAUCCUUUUGGAUUAAAAUUUAAGUCCAAACACUUAAGUACAGUACAUGGGCACCACUCACCGAAAGAUGAUAAACAGAAGAACAAUACAGAAAGAUUCAUCACCUACAAGCCUCAUGAAUGCACCUGGGAUUCAAAGCUAAUUUUACUAAAAGCCCCGUGGCCUAUUAAAUCCGCUUCAUACACAAGACACAGAAGGCGGCGAGAUGUGUACAGUGCAUUUAUGGAUCGUGUGGAAGAAAAGUUUACCCAAACAUGCAAGAACAGGCUCCAGUCACAAAGAAAAUGACAGGGCAGUCCAUCACCAAGUUACUUAAAUGGAUUGCAGAAAAUCACAGACUCUUGCUGACUGCAGCAUUAUGAAUUAAGGGCCUCCAGCCUCCUCCAGAACCUCACCCUU